CUUUUACUUGGCCCAACAAAACAAAGCGUGCUUCGUUUUCAAGACUUUUAAUAUAAUAAUAACAAGUGCCAUUGUUGCGAUUAGGCGUGAGUAAACUCAAUAUUAUCCCCCACCGUUGCAAGUUCAAUAGAGGGCAAAGUGAUAAGGAUUAUCUAUCAUCAUAUAAUCCAUUGUUGAUCAUAGUGAGUCUGCAGAACUCGGUCUAGUCUAGUGCAACUCACCGAGUAGACAUCGUAAGAUGGAGAGCUACACCUCCGACAGUAGUGACAGUGAUAACAGUGCAAAAAUAAUCGAUCUGGCCUACCUGUUAUUAGAUUCUACCACGGUGGAUUUGAAUUUGGAGGUGUACUUCGAUAACAGGAAACGUUCGUCAGAAAUAGAGAAUAUUGUUUUGCACCACAAUCAGCUAUCCUCCUUCCCGGAAAAUAUAUUUAGAUUUUCUAAUUUGAACACCCUGGACCUGAGCAACAAUGGUCUUAGAAUACUUCCAGAUGUGCUGCGUUUCUGUCCCUUGGUUUCUCUGAUUGCGAAAAAUAACUCGCUGACGGACGAGUCGCUGCCGAAGAGUUUUUCCGAAAAGAGCGUCUUGAGAGAACUGAAUCUUAGUGGUAAUUCUUUGAGGAAUUUCCCAGAACAAAUAUGUGAAUUAGUGAAUUUGAAAUAUCUCUACUUAGGGGGUAAUAAAAUAGGCAACAUUUCCAGGAAUAUCUACAAACUAACAAGUAUACAAAUCUUGUCUCUGGGAGGAAACGAGAUAGUCGAAGUGCCUAGUAUUCUAGGUCAACUGACAAAUUUACACAUACUAUCACUUUGUGAUAACAAAAUAGAAACAUUACCAGCUCAUAUAGCCAACUUGCACAAUUUGAAAUCCCUCCAGUUACACAAAAACCGUUUGAAAGUCCUGCCUCCGGAAAUCAUAGCAUUAAAAAACCUGACAGAGCUAAGCUUACGUGAUAAUCCACUGGUAGUACAGUUCGUAACUGAAAUGUGCAAUACUCCAGCUUCCCUAUUGGAAUUGGCCGCAAGAGUGAUAAAAUUACAUAAAGUUGUGGUUAUAGAAGGAGACAUACCAAAGACGUUAAUAAAUUACCUCAAUUCCGCUCAUCAUUGUGUGAAUCCAAGAUGCAAAGGUGUUUACUUCGACAAUAGAGUUGAACAUAUCAAAUUUGUGGACUUCUGUGGAAAAUACAGGAUACCCCUACUGCAGUAUUUAUGCUCAUCCAAAUGCAGAAAGGGCUCAAAAGAGGAAAUGGUCAGACCAUCAAGAUCGUAUAUGAUGAAGAAAGUUCUUCUUGGUUAGAUCACGAGUUUGUUAGCACUGAACGGACAACAUUUAUUAUCGUUUGACAUUUCUUGCUGAUGAUGUUAAACUUUGAUUAAUUUUUGUUAUAUAGUAUUACUUCUGGCAGCGAUAUAUAAAUUAUACAUUUUUUUUU